AUGGGCGUGGGAGUAGGCGACGACGGGCACGACGGCAGCAUGGAUAGAGACGCUUUGCUGCGAGAGAGAGCACGCGGACCUGGCGAGGACCGUGGAACCUGCCGCGAUGCAGAAGUGUUCCGCUCUCCGGAAGAGCGAGAGCGGCGCCGCGAUGAGAGAGGCUGUUGGCGAGGUUUCGGGGAACGUCCCCAGGGACGGGGAGGAGACAUGGGUGGCGACGACCCAGUGGGGAUCCGGCAAGAGAACGUGGCAGCGGAGCAAGGCGCGGAAGAAGAUGAGGAGCACCCGGGGCUGCAGGUCAAAGAGGCCGAUGAAGGAAAGGACGGCGACGACCAGGCAGCGGGAACAGGUGAGGCUGAACCCGCGCAGGCAGACGAGAGCGCUGGCGCGAGCCAGGCGGCAGCCAAAGAAUCGAGGGCCGCGCCGAGGGAAGCGCGCGACCGAGACGUCAGCCGUGGGGAAGAGCAGCGAGCAAAGGGCUUACUGCGCCAGGAGCAAGUGACGCCAGACGACGGCGUUCGAGCUGCACUGGCGCAGAGGCUGCAUGGCAAGGGGAAGGCAGAGCGGUCGUGCAUGCUGGAGAAGGAUCGGCACCAUGGAGAAUGGCGCGUAGGCAACUUCCGCCGUAUGGUAGGCGACAGGAGCAGGACGGCUCGAGCGGCGGCGGUGUGCGUUCGCCAGAACUGCAGCAAGCGCGCAGUGGCAGAAAGAAGGAUGAGUCGCGCUCACGGGAGCCGCACGGGCGCCGCGGUGGCAGGAAGGAAGGCACGAGGAGGAGCGGGGGUCACAGGAGCGCCGCGGUCAGCAGCACGGGGAACACAAUGGCAUGGGGCGCUCACCGGAGCUCCACCAGCAGCGCAGCAGGAGGGAAGGCACCUGGUCACCGUCACCAAAGAGGCAGCAGCAGCGCGGCAUCAGGAGGUGGGAAGGGCGGAGGAUGCACGACCCGCCCACGCAGCAAUGGGGACGGGCGGAAGAGUGGGCAGGGCCGAGGGAAAGGCACCGCGGGGUGGAAGGUAG